UAAAUCGUGAUUUGACUUCCACCGACUGUUAAAGCAAAUUUCGUGAACUGGAUGUGUUUUUUUUUUGCAGUGUGUGUUGUUUUUACGACGUGGCUGUUGAGCAACGGACCCACAAACAAUGCUGAAAAUAUCAAUUCUGAAGGUCGAGAACCCGUCCUGCCUCUGGGGUCGGGUCGUCAGUGGUGACACAGAGACGACAGAGCAGUACGACAGUCUGAUGGUUCAGAUGAACCUCUUCUACCACGACGUAACUCAGGACCUGCGCAAGCUGAAGCCCACAUCACUAGAGGAGGGACAGAUGUGUGUGGUGUACUGGUCAGUGAUGAAGUCAUGGUGUCGGGCCGUGGUGGAGUCGGUCAUCAUGGACUCGGUGUCCUGUAAGGCUCGCUGCGUCCUGAUCGACCAUGGAGAACGGCUCAUCGUCCCCUCAGACCAGAUCCGAGUCGCCACAGAAAAGUUCCUCCAGCUGCCUUUCUGGGUGAGGAGGUUCCACCUGGCAGGAAUCAAACCAACAACCCUGCGAGUGUCUGUUUUCGAGGAGAAGGCAGAGCUUACUCCGUCCACUCAGUGGGACAGCUCAGCUACACUCUACCUGCACAACCUGCUACAAGCGUCGACUUGGACGGAGGCUGUGCUGCUCGAGUCUGAGUCAGACUCCACCUCCAUCGAGCUGUACCUCACCAUCGGGAACGUCAAGAUCUGUGUGAACGACGACCUGGUGGCCAAGAAGUUUGCGUAUUACAGCAGAGAGUCGGCUGAAAACAGUGGGAUGGACGAGGUGGACCGAUGUCCCGUCAUGCUGUCCUCAAACAUCUUAACCCAGACUGUGUCCGCGAUCUCAAACACGCCAGCAGCACAAACCCAACCGGCUCCUGUGAUGUCACGAGGUGUGGUUGCAGCCGGAGCAGGUGAUUGGCUGAUGGCACCCUCUCCACCUCAGAGCCAACAUCAUGAGCUGGAGACGGGUGAGGGAGGCGGCAGGUCAGACGUCACAGGAGAACUGACUCCAGGCAGCCAAUCAAAGAAGAGCUCUGACCCUGCUGCUGCAGAGAGUGACUCCUCAGACGACACAGACUCGUCUCUGGCUGCAGCUCUGACCAAAAACCUCAGUCUGUUCAAGUUCCUAAAGUUUCUGAAUCCUGGCAGCAGCUUCCAGCAGGCGGCUCAUAGUGUCAGUCAACAUGAAGAGCCGCAGGACUGUCGAGAGACGACCGCAGCCUCCAGCACCUGCACAGGACAGGAAGUUUUAACCCCUUUAAACAAGACUGAGCUUCUGACACAAGUGGAGGAGGUGCUCUGUAUGAGCUCCAGUACGUCAGUCGAGUCAGAACCAGCGGAGGCAGAGAGGACGUGGAGGAGUGAGGAGGACCGGGCCUGUUCACGGCUUUUGGAGUGGUUGAACCCGGAGCCUCUGAACCCCGAUCCAGACGCUGUGGCCGAUGUGGUUGUUCCCAGUGACCCCAGGAGGAGUGGCAUCCUGGUGCACUCUGUCGUCCCAGUUGAGCCCUGCACCAGUCUGGAUGAUGCCCCCGUCACUGAUGUUCUCCGCUGGAUGCUGCGGAAGAAGCAGUACAGCGCUCUGUCUCCAGCCGACUGUUACAGCUGGCCAGCUGUGGCCCGAGGAUUGAACACCAUCAUCGUCUCCCACAAUGCCGACCAGCCGCUAAGCUACCUCGCCCCGCUCCUCACCCACAUCCUGCUCAACUCCAUCUUCAGCUCCCUCACCUCCAGCUCAGGGCCGAUAGCGGUGCUGCUGUGUCCAGGCUGGGAGAAGGUCCAGUCGGUGUAUGACCUGCUGGAGGAGAGCAAGCUCGCCCACACCCUCCACCCGGUCAUCGUGCUGCUGGGUGCCGGGGCUGACGAGGCCAAGACCGUCAGGAUCCCAAAGAAUUGCCUGCUGUUGGUGACCACCCCCUUCAGUCUGGUCCGUCUCCUGUCCUGUCACUGCUUCAUGUUCCUGCGUCUGUAUCAUCUGGUGCUGGACGGGGCCGACCAGCUCUUCACUCUUGCUCCAGACCAGAUGGCGACCAUCUUGCAGCAUUUCCAGAAGGUGACCUCCAGCGAGGACAAGGCCUCCUGUCCUCAGCAGCUCGUUGCUGUGGCGAAGCGAUGGACCAGUCACAUGGAGGGUUUGUUAACCACUCACAUGCCGUACCCCUGCAUUGUCAUGACCGUCCCCGAGGAAGCUGCUCUCUACGGCAACGUUCAUCAGAUCAUCCUCAUGACUCUAGAGAGCAGUAAGAUCUCAGAGCUGCUCAGCACCUUGGAUUUCAACCCAGUCGUCGGCCAGAAAACUCUGAUCAUCGCCAGCUCUGUGCAGGAAGUCGAGGAUGUGUUCAAGGCCGUCAGCAACAAAUCAGCGUUCUGCCUCAGGGCCCACGAGGAGUCGACGCACCAGCUCGACUUCGUCACCCAGCAGUGGAGGAAAGACAUCGGCCCUGGCACUCAUGUUAUUCUGGUGACCACCAACGAGUGUCUCAAGUGUUUUGGGAUCAGAGACGCAACUUGUGUCGUCCACUACAGCUUCCCCACUUCUCCCAAAGUGUUUGGCAGCCGACUCUUCUGCAUGGCGGAGCGCUUCAGAAACCUCUCAGAGCGGGAUCAAACAAACAGCUGCCGUCAUGACGCCCGGUCGGUGAUGCUGAUCUCUGAGAGGAACGCCCGUCAUGUCGUCGGGGUUCUGCGUUACCUGGGACGCACCGACGCCACGCUGCCCCCCGAGCUACUGUCCUUCGGCCAGGGCGUCCACGUUGCCCGGGAGGACCAGAAGACCAACAAGCCUCUGUGCAGCUACCUGAAGAGCUUCGGAGUCUGCAGAGACAGCAGCGCGUGUCCCGACCGUCACAGGUUCAAUUCCCAGCUGGAUCAGUCUGAGCUCCCUGCGUCUGGAGUCAUAGAGGUCGUACCUCUCUUCAUCAAGACGGCGUCAGUCUUCUACGGUCGUAUCGUCAGGAAACAGGACAGUGGUUUUGACGUCUUGGCGUCUGAGAUGGCGUCUUACUACGCCGAUAAGAAACCGGGAGCCACGGAGAUGCUGGAGGGAGGAUUAUACGCCGUGCAGGAGGACGACGUCUUCCACAGGGUGAAGAUCCUCUCUGUGCCCGUCAGAGGCGACUGCCUGUUUUUCAGGGUGCUCGUUCGGUUUGUCGACGUGGGAAAAGAGGAGGAGGUGAAAUCCCAUCAGAUCCUUCAGCUGCCGGAGCAGUUCCACUCUCUGCCCGGUCAGGCCGUGGAGAUCAUCGUCUGCAGGGUCAAACCAGUGGACGCCGAGAUCGACUGGCACCCAAAGGUCACCAGAGCCAUCAGCCAGAAGAUCCGAGGUCUGCAGCACCGAGCCAGAGCCGUUCACAGUCUGGGAAACACUGUCUUUGUUGAUCCCAUGGUCCGGGUGACUCAGGUCCCGGGUAUGAAAACUGUCAUCAACGAAUACAACGUCCAGUCUGAGAUCCUGAGUACUGGGAUGGGAGUUAGCAACCCGGAGCAUGUGGACCUGCUGAGGGCGCUGAGCCAGGAAGGCGGGGCCAGCGACGGGAAGGAGGCGGGCGACAUAUCUGGGUCGGGGGAUGACUCGGCGUCUCUGGAGAACAGGAUCAAAGCUGAGGAGGAAGUUCUGGCUGAAGUCUUCAGAGCGGCCGAGGUCAGGAAGCUCGCUCACCCUCCUCCACUCGAGCCAUGUGACCCACUGAGUCCAGAGUCUUCAAUGAACCACUUCCUGGUCCCAUCACCACCAGAACCUGAACUCCACCUGGGCCCUGUGUGUGAUAUCCGGUCAGAUAUCCAGGCUGCAGAUGAACAGAGAAACAACCACAGUUCUGGUCUGAAGUCAGCUGAACACACAACGAGGAGCAGAGAUGGAGGAGAACUUUGUCCCAGAGCCGACCUCGCUGCUCGUCUCCACUCCUGUCAUAACGGUUUGCCUGCAGGUGACGAUGAAAGCAGCAGCCACCAGUUCAACACUGUCACUAACGGAACAGACACUGAUGACUCCACAAAAAGUUUCCAUCCUCAGGUGCGCUGGCACCAGACGUCCGACUCCGUGAUCGUCACCGUGAAGCUGAGGAACCCCGAGAGUCAGCGCUGCGACUUCUACCCAGACAGAGUCGUCUACAGUGGCAGAGUGAACGGCCGGUCCUACAGAGCCGACCUGGAGCUUCAGGUCAACGUCGCUGCGGACCGCUGCUGCUGGGAGAUGAAGUCCAAUGAGCCAGUCCUCAAACUGGUCAAACAACAGCAGGGAUCCUGGGAAAAACUCACCAGGAACAAGAAUAUUUUCGUGAGCUACGACAUGGAGCACUUUGAAGAGGAUGAGGACACAGCUCCAUGUGGUCAGUGGUUUGUGGCGAACACAGGAGAGGAGAACUGGUACGUGAACUCAGAGAGCGGCAGUGACAGUGACUGAAGAUUAACACUGACGAACCCUAAGCAACAGAAAAACAUUUUCCCAACACUCCUGAAAUCUCUUAUUAUGUUAGAGUCACAAGAAUAUUUGUGUUUCGUUGCUGCUACCAUUGACAUCCUUAAUACUGGAACUGAUGGGGAUCUAGGAAUAGAAAGUUAAGAUUUAAAUAUUCUGGUCAAAAGUGUCUGACUGCAACAAGUCCGAUUCAUAAGUUUGUCUCAAGUAUAAAGUGAAAUGCAAUGUGACUGUCACUGUUCCAUGUUGUGGAAGAGUUCAUCCAUAACUUUUGUCAGAAUCCGCUUUCUUCCAGAAAACUGAAAAAAGACCUCAGAGUUGAAUUUUUUCCCAUUCCUUCAUUUUUCUUUUAUUUCAGAAGUGGUGGAUGAAAAAGUAGAAACUCUUUCACUUAAAAAUCAGUAGAAUAUAACACGAAACUAGCGCUUCAAGAAGAAUCACAGAGUUGAAUCAAGACACUUCUGUCAGACAGUAGAGAUGUGAAUAUACUUUUAGUUCAUUAGGAACUUCUAGCUAAAACUAAUGUAGUCUAAUAGGUUGUAAUGUUACUAAACUGUUUUAGAAGGUGUAGAUUCAACUUGAUGGUCAUUUUUGGAGGCUGCCGUUUGUGGUGCUGUUGACUUGUAUUCCAUCAUAUGGACAGGUGUUCCUAUUAUUUUGUCCACCACAGUGAGUGUCAGAAUUAAGUAGAAUAAGACAGUGUCUAAUCUGCCAGGAGAACUUUGUCCAGAGGUUUAUUCAUCUCUAUGUCUUGUGAGCUGCCUUCAUGUCGUCGUACCACUUCCUGUGACGAGCUCCAGUUUGAACUUUAUUAUGGGUUUGGAUGAUGUGCUUCUGAGUUCUCAGCCUGCCAGCUGCUGUCAGUCAACCACAACAGCUGAGACAGUAAAGAAGUAUUUCUGAUGUCCCUAAAGACUUUUCCUUAGUUCUUAUAUUAAAAAUCCUGAUUUUAUAACUGACGUCGUCUGACAAAAUCACCAAACACAUAAAUAACAGACAGACUGAGCUGUGAUUUCAGCUUUAUUUACUGUAAAAUGAUCAGAGAGGCAUUGGAAGAGAGAGAAUAUAUUUCUUAUUUAGUCUCUCACACAGAGCACAACCUCUGCCUGGGAUCCACAAUAGUUAAACUUUAUUUACCUCAACUCCAGAACGUGACAGACUUGUAUUAGAGGCAGGUGUUCAUGUCUAACUCCCUUUGUUUAUAAUUGGUCAGAACUAUAUUUUAGUACAAAUUCGCCUCGUUUUCAGUUUGUUGUGUUAAAGUUACUGCGUAACGUGUUAAUAGAAAACUCAACCCUACCCGUAAACGUUUCAUAUUAAAAGCCGCUUAGCGUUUUCGUUGGCUUUUCCAGUUGCUGUCAUCUCUGUUGUUUACAUGCUGCUCAGAUUUGCUUGAGCAGCUAGCAUUACUUCUCUCUCUCUCUCCCUCUCUGCUCUGUGUGUUUUAUGUUUGGUUAUUCCUCUGCCUCCUUUAGUAAUAAAGAUACAUGGAAAGAAAGUAGUUUAUUUGCUGUAAUGGAUGCGAGGCUCAGUGUAUUGGAAGUGCUCCUCCUCUUCCCUGCAGUUCCAGAGCAGCUGGGAAACCAGAGCGGCUCAGUAGGAAGAGGUGUAGCCCGAAGCCCCUGGUCGGCAUCCAUACACGGUCCAGUCAUGAACCAGGUUUAUACCCGUCUGUUUGAACAAAAGUCUCUGAGUCUAGAGACACUGAUCUUAGCACAGCAGCUGUAAACACCCCCCGAUUGAAACUGUUCGCACCAGAAACUCCAGCUCAGUGUCGAGGCGCUGGGCUGACCAGUGGUGAAAUAUGAUCAGUCAGUCGGGGGCAACUGAAAUUGAAGAAAAUGAGAGAAUGUUUGAAAAAUGUAUAAAUAAUUUUAUUUUCUGUAUUUUUUGGUAGCAGUUAAACAAGUAAACUCCUCCGUCAGCCACUAACAAGCUUUGACAGAUCACGGUGACUAAAACCAACUUCUUGUCCACUCUCCACUAACGAUUUCAAAAAGUGCAACCACAAGACUUUAUAUUUAUAUUUUACUUUAUUUUCAAAAUGUCUUAUUGAAAUGGAAAUAAUAACAACCUCUAUAUGAACAGUUCUUUUUCAGACGAUGCUACAAAGUGCUUUACAAGAAACACAAUAAUGCUGCAGAAGUUAUUGGUAUAAUACAAAGUAGAAUAUAACUAAUGCAGAAUUGCAAGUUUAUAAAAAAUUAGUUUUAAGUAGAGAUUUGAGGGAAGUCACUUAUUUUUAAGAUGCAGCUGGAAAAACGUAAUAUUUGAUUUCGAUUGUUGUUUUGUAAGUGUAGUAAAGUGAAAUUAACAGUGCCUCGUGUUCGAGGCUGUUGCUCUGAUUUGAUGUAUUCGUGGAGUGGAUGUUGAAACCACCACAGUUUGUGUAUAUUAUUAUUAUUACUUGUUUCUGUUCAGUAUAAAUCUAAAGACAGUUUGUUUAUCUGAAGAGACUCUGCUCAACUCUUCGUUACCAGUUGUAUAUCUACAUCUGACUGUUCGACUUCUCACUCCCUGUCACAACUAUUGAUGAUGAAACCUGAUGAUUUGCUGAGACGUUUCAGGUUCUUAUUUUCACAGUAAAACUGUUUUCUGUUCAACUAGAUUCUGCUCUGUGAAUCUUGAAUGUUUUGAUUUGUUGUGAUUUUGUGUUUAUAGCCACAGUCAAAAAUAUCACCCUCAACUGUUGAAAGUAGUUAUUAUAUUAUAUGUACCUCAAAAUCAAGGUAACAUCUUUUGGAUUUUUCCCACUCACAACCAUGUUGCCGGUCACAUUAAAGAAUUAUCCAGAGCUUGUUUCAUCCAUCAUAGACUUGAUUUCCUGCAUUAUUCUGUUCUUUACUCUAUUAAAACAAUAUGUCGUGGUGUCUUUUGUAUUGUCUUUACAUAUUGCCUUGUGUGUGGGUUUUUUUUUUCUGCCUUUCUGUCUUUUGUGAAUAAGGUUGUGUUGCCUCGGUGCUGGAAGCUGCGCUCAGACUCCGGUGCUGUAGGCGGCGCUGUUCACCUUUCCCCGCCAGGAAACAGCAGAGCAUG